GGGGAAGGAUCCUGGUGCUCGGAUCUGCCGGUGCCUUGAGGACUGAGGGCACCUUGAGUUAGAAGAAAGAAAUGGAUUUAUCUGGAGUUCAUGUGGAAGAAGUACAAAAUAUCCUGAAUGCUAUGCAAAAAAUCUUAGAGUGUCCCAUCUGUCUGGAGUUGAUUAAAGAACCUGUUUCCACAAGAUGUGACCAUAUAUUUUGCAAAUUUUGUAUGCUGAAGCUGCUCAACCAGAAGAGAGGGCCUUCACAGUGUCCUUUGUGUAAGAAUGCCAUUACUAAAAGAAGUCUACAAGAGAGUACCAGAUUUAGUCAACUUGUUGAAGAGCUGUUGAAAAUCAUUCAGGCUUUUGAGCUUGACACAGGAUUACCGUUUGCAAGCAGUUAUGACUUUUCAAAAAAGAAAAAUAACUCGCCUGAAUGUCAAAAGGAUGAAGUUUCCAUCAUCCAAAGUCUGGGCUACCGAAAUCGUACCAAAAAACUUCCAAAGGUUGAGUCCAAAAAUCCUGCCUUGGACAACAGUCUUAGCGUCCAAUUCUGUGAACUUGGAAUUGUGAGAUUCCCAAGGACAACACAGCAGACGCAGCCUCAGAAUAAGUCUGUCUACAUAGAACUGGCUGCUUGUCUGUUUUCUGGGAAGGACACAACAAAUACUGAACCUCUUCAAUCCAGUAGCAAAGAUUUGACUACCAUUAAGAAGCAUGCAACCGAGAGGCAUCCAGAAAAGGAUCAGGGUGAAGCAGCAUCUGGGUAUGAAAGUGAAACGAGUCUGUCUGGAGUUCACUCAGAGCUGUCCUCUCAGAGUGAAAUUUUAACCACUCAGCAGAGGGAUGCCAUGCAAGAUAACCUGCUCAAGCUGCAGCAGGAAAUGGCUCGCCUGGAAGCCGUGCUGGAGCAGCACGGGAGCCAGUCUCCUCACACAUCCCCUUCCCUGCUCGCACUGGAGUCCUGUGUCUCUGAGGAUCAGCUCCAUCUACAACAGAACACAUCAGGAAAAGCAAUAUUAACUUCAGAGAAUCAUAGUGAAUCUCCUGUCAGCCAUUAUCCAGAAAGCCUUUCUGUGGACAAGUUCCCAGUAUCUGUGCAUGGUUCCAACAGCAACAAUAUAGGACCAGCAGCUGAAAGCUGUCCCAUUUCCGAAUCCCAGUUGUUCAGCAGUGGGGACUACAUGGACAGGCACCCUAGCGGUCUUCAGAACAAUAACUGCCCAGCUCCAGAAGGGCCCGCUGAGGAUGUUGGUGUGGAAGAACAGCAGCUGGAAAAGUCAGAGCCGCAAGAUUCAAGGUCACAGUCUUAUUUGCCCACACAAGAGACAGAGGGCACCUCCUAUUUGGAAUCUGGAAUCAGCCUCUUUGAUGACCCCGAACAUUCUCCUGAGGAUAGAGCCCCUGGACCAGCUCCAAUAUCUACAUUGAAAUUACCUGAGUUUGAAGUUGCAGAAUUUUCCAAGGGUUCAGCUACUGAGAGCGCUGGGUACAAAGCAGGAAAACAAAGUGUGAGGCUGGGUAAGCCAGAGCUGGCAUCCUCAACAGAAAGGAGCGACAAAGCAAUGUCCAUGGUAGUGUCGGGCCUGACCUCAAAAGAGUUUUCACUGGUGCAAAAGUUUGCCAAGAAAUUCCACAUCACUCUAAAUAAUGUAAUUACCGAAGAGACUACUCAUGUCAUUAUGAAAACAGAUGCUGAAUUUGUGUGUGAACGGACACUGAAAUAUUUUUUGGGAAUUGCAGGAGGAAAAUGGAUAGUUAGCUAUUUCUGGGUGAUCCAGUCUAUGAAAGAAAGAAAGAUGCUGGAUGAGCAUGGCUUUGAGGUCAGAGGAGAUGUAAUCAAUGGAAGAAACCACCAAGGUCCAAAGCGAGCGAGAGAAUCCCAGGACAGAAAGAUCUUCAAGGGCUUAGAAAUCUGUUGCUACGGGCCCUUUACCAACAUGCCCACAGAUCAACUGGAGUGGAUGGUGCAGCUCUGUGGCGCUUCUGUGGUGAAGGAACUUACGUCAUUCACCGUAGGCACAGGGAUGCAGGAUUCCCACCCAGUCGUGGUCGUGCAGCCAGAUGCCUGGGCAGAGGACGAUGGCUUCCUCGCCAUCGGGCAGAUGUGUGCGGCCCCUGUGGUGACCAGAGAGUGGGUGUUGGACAGCGUAGCCCUCUACCAGUGCCAGGAGCUGGAGCCUUACCUGAUACCACAGUGCCACCACAGCCACUGCUGAGUGCAGCAAGCCACGUGCCUGGAGCCGCAGGACCCCAAGGCAAAGCUGAAGAAGUGUCCUUUCUAGGCCCCAGCAGCCCCUCACUCUUCAGUCCUCCCACAGUCCCAGUUCGUAAAUAUUUUAUGUACAUCAGUCUGAAAAGGACUUCUGUCUAUGCAAGGGUCCCUUAAAGAUUUUCUGCUUCAAAUCUCCCUUUGAAAUCUGCCAUGAACACAAAAUUGUGGUAAUUUUUCACCUGAGAAGAAUUUAAAACCAUUUAAGCCCCACCAGUUCAGCAAGAUGCUGAUUCAAUAUUUAUGAACUUGACUCCUACUGCUACUGCUGGCAGUGGGGGGCUGGAGGCACAGAGUGGCUCGGCCUCUCAAGACUGGUUUUCCUGUCUGGCCAAAGCCUUGGGUUCCUUCAGGACAAGAAUUCAACCCUGCAAUGGAAGGAAAGUGCUCAGGAUCUGUGAUGUGACCUCGAACUUGGACAGCUCUGAAAUGUUGGAAUGGAGCGGGGAAGAAACUGAGAGGCAGGUAAUGGAUAUGUAUGUGAAACUGGAGGGUUAAUUAGAGGCGAGCUCCUUUCUGAAGACUGCUCAGAAACAGCCGAACACCUUAAAGCACCAGCGUCCAAAGACAGUCUUCUAACUGGUAAUAAAGAAAAUGUUUAUUGUUGUAGCUCUAGUAUGUAACUCACUCCCCUUAAGAUGCAAGGUCUCUGAUAUGAAUAUUUCAUGUCUGUAAAAUGAUGGAUCCCACCAGGAAAGGAGCUGUUGCCUUCUUUGAGGUAAUUUUUUUUCCUUUUGCUCCCUAUUGCUGAACUGCAACAGCUUCAUAAAUAAUUUUGCUUGCUGAAGGAAGAGAAAGUGUUUUUCAUGAACUCAUUAUCUGGGACUGUUUAUAGCUGUUGCAUGGAUUGGGACUUUUCCUGCACCCCCUGUGUGGAAGGGCAGUGCAGACUUCAUUGUGCAAAAUCUGUUCUAUAACUGUUGUGCUGCAAAUAAACAAGGGAGCAAAUACUUCCACUCAAGAUGAAUGUUGUUGAGACACCUGCAGACACUUCAGGCCUCUUCACUGUGCUUCAGCCAUGGGGGUAAAACAGGAUCGGCUUCUCAGGGCGGCUCAGGCAGUCAAUACUUUUUGUGUUUUCUGUUACUGCCCUAACAAAUGCUCUAGAAUGUAGGGACUUGUUCUUUCACAAUUCUGUAAUUCAGAAGUCUGAGGUGGCUCAGCUGGUUUUUUUGCUUCAGGUUUUGUGAGGCUAAAACCAAGGUGUGCCAAGGAUUGUGUGCCUUCCUAGAGGCUCUGGGGGUGAAUCUGCUCCCAAGUGUUCACAUCCUUGGACCAAUUGUUCCCCACAGAUGUAGGGCAGACAUCACUGCCUCCUUGCUGGCUGCUGGAGGGAGGCAUGCUCAGCCUCCAGAGGCCACCCAUGCCCUAGGCUCCUUGCCACCCUGCCCCUGCCUCCAUCUGCACAACAGUGAGGGUGCUCAAGUUUUCUCCCCUGGGAGCCCCUGACUGCCGGGCCCCUCCAACACUUGCCACAGGCAUUGAGUAUUUCUCAGGUGUCAGGAUUAGAUGCACCCAACAGGAAAUCAAGGGUGACCUCCUGAUCGUAAGGAUCCACAGCCUUAAUUAUAGCUGCCACGUCCCUUCAGAGGAGUGCCUAGAUAGUUAGGGGACAGCCAUCAGGGGGAGACAGCUGUGGAAUCCUGCCUUUCCCUGUUUAACAUGCAAAAUUGACAGCACCGUGCAGCAUGUUCUGAGCCUCAUACUGCUCCGGGAUUGGAAUCCUCUGAAAUCGCCACAUGACUCAGGUCUGUUCUAUUUUCAAGGGAGUGUUGAGAGAAGAGUAGAGGAAAAGGAGCUAACAGCCAUUGUUACUUUUUUUUAAUCUCCAUCUUCAUUAAAGUCUAGUACAAUGCAAUGGGUAAGUGUCACUUCAUUUGAAAGAUGGGAACUGAAGCUCUCAAGUUUCCUUGUGCGAUUUUGCCAGCAAUU